GCAGGCACGGUUAGCCUGGCAGCCUGUUAGUUAACCAGCUGGUUAACAUUUAAACCUAGUUGUCAGACGCGGUUAUGAUGUUUAUCCUCGUCAGAGAUUGCUGAAGCGACAAACCAGCCGCUGUUUUGUAUGUUAGCUAACACCUAACCCGUCGCGUUCAGUUAGCCUCUGGAGCUGCUAUGCUAGCUCUUCGUCUUUUUCUUUUUUUUUUUUUAAACCAUGGAAAGCAGCUUUGUGGAGUGAGCGACUUGACUGUUGUCGCCUGUCAGUGCAGUAAAACUGCGGCAGGAGACAAUAAGACAAACAGCAACUGUUUGCUGCAGGGUUUAAAACUGUGGCUGCUCGCAGAAGCACUUUGACCAGACUGACAGUGAACUACAGCCAGCAAAGUCAAUCAUUUAUCAGCUGCUGGAUGAACCUGAAAAUAAGAGGAAGAGCCAGGAUUAUGAGGCUCAGUGUCCGAGAUGUAUGCAGUGUGACACCAAGUUCGACUUCAUCAGAAGAAAGCACCAUUGUCGGCGGUGCGGCCGGUGUUUCUGUGAUAAAUGCUGCAGUAAGAAGGUGGCGCUGCCCCGCAUGUGUUUCGUGGAUCCGGUGCGGCAGUGUGCCGAGUGCAGCCUGGUCUCCCAGAAAGAGAUGGAGUUCUACGACAAGCAGCUCAAAGUGCUUCUGGGAGGUGGCACCUUUCUCGUUACUUUGGGGACGUCAGAGAAGUCAGAGACCAUGACAUGUCGUCUCUCCAACAACCACAGGUAUCUGUUCCUCGACGGUGAAAGUCACUUCGAGGUGGAGUUGUCUCGGAUGUCCAGCAUGCAGAUUUUGACAGACGGGACGAGUCCAGGAGAGAAUGACAUUCACACUUACACCAGUCUGCUGGACAGUCACUGUAUCUCUGAAGGAGGGACGUCGCGGGCCAGCGGCAUGCUGCUCCACUACAAGCCAAUGGGCUCUCAGGACGCCCAGCAGCUCCGCAUGGAGGCAGCAGACGACAAGAAGGUGGCCGCGUUAUGGCUGGCUGCAAUGCACAAGGCGGCCAAACUGCUGUAUGAAGCUCGGGACCAGUGACGUGAACCACGCCUGAAACUGAACGUCCAGGCAGCGCACACCCAAGUGUUUUGUACCCGUCUCACCAGGGUUUGCUAUCUUUUGGAUUUUAUUAACGCCAGUUCUGAUUCUGCUUCUCCGUCUGAUUCCUCAUCAGUUCUUGAUACCAGUUCUUAUCAUGGUAAUUUUUGCAAGAAGAAAAUGUUUCUAGAAACAAAAAACACUUUAUUACCUCUAUAACCAGUACUUUGUACAUCAUGUUUACCACACGUAGACCGAUUGUUCUUCUUCUUUGCAUUUUGCUCUUUGAUUUAAUACAUAAAUCAGGGCAUGCAGCGUUAAUGUUUCUACGUUAAAGUGUAACGGUGAGCAGUGAGGCAGCAGGAGAAGAAGCUCUCCAGCACUGGGAGGCUUUUUAAAUCCCUGUUGUUUUACUUUCUCAGAUUUGAGGAUUGAACUUUGUUUUUGUCAGCCAUGUUAGUUUUUCCACACACACAAGUUGAUCUUUGACAUUAUAACAUCCAUGAAAUGUGACGACAUACCUUCCAUAAACCGUGUUUCGUGACUUCAGAGAUGCCGUAAAAUGUCUGACAGAGGCACAGUGGUUUCAUGACGACACAGGAACUUUAUGUGCUGCUGUUAAGUUUUUUUUUUUUUUUUUUUUGCAUCGCCAAGGAUUUUAUUUCCUGGUAGAAGUGAUGAGACACUUUAUGGAUCCCUGUGGGGAAAUUUUUAUCUUUCACUUUUCCGACCCUGCUUUCACAGAGGUCAGCUAAACGGCACCAAGUAGGGACUGAGCGUCUCACUCGAGGGACCUUCAGCCGAACACAGAUCUUCCAGACGAAGCGCUGUCGCACGCAGGUUAAUGGACAAAUCCACCUUAAAACCCUUUAAUGCAGAUAGAAGAGCAGCUGUGUGUGAUGCACUUCGCAUUUCAGGAUCCACUUGGUUUGGUUUGACUUUUGUUAUCAGCCUUACAGCUCAUCUCUCUACAGCGUAGGGUUAUUUUCUGUAUUGACCUUUGCAGCUCAGUGUUGUAACAGAUGCUUUGCAUAGUGAUCACUCACUUUGAAUUUCAGUAACAAGUCACACUGCUGCUGCCAUGAACCUGUAUCUUUCUCCAUGUUCAGCAUGUAUAAGCAGCACAUAAACAUUGAAUGUGUCUGUAACACACUAUAAUGUAUAAUUAUAAGCAGAUACAGUGUUUAUUAAUGGACAGCGUCCAUAAGUGGAGGCAGAGAGGGCAUUUUGUACACAAGAGCAACAAACCGAACGGUAGUGGCAAAUUGGGGGGGGGGGGGGGUGAAAGGAAUUCUGGGAAAUGUAGGAUCCUGUAACUGAAGCAUGAAGAGGCUCAUGGUUCAUCCACAGUUUAUGUAAAAGUGACGUCGCGUGGUGGAUUUUUCCUUUAAUCGACCGUGGCGACAGCUUUAGGUUUAAAUCUGAUGACGGUUCAGGUGGCACGGUAACGUUUUCCUUCCUGUGUCAGUAACUCAGCUCUCUGCUGCAAGUAUUUACAGAUUUAAACCUUUAGGCCUCUGUGUCUGAGGAAACUACAGACGAGUCUUUAGUAUAAACACACGCAGACAUAAUGAAAUGCUUUAAAUGUAGUUUCAUGUAUUGACAUUUUUGUAUGAGCUAUUUUGUUUAAUAUUCCUACUUUUAACACGAGAUGUGUUCGUACUUGCGUCGUUUUUAAAGCUGAAGUAUGACUGUAGUUUUUGUAACACUUGUGUACAGGUUUUCCUUUUUGUUCUCACUCUGAGGCUUAAACGUUCUGCGUUGUGUUGUGACCAUCGUGCAGAGCCACAGCCAGGAUGUCACAUCACCACCUUCCAUCAGCCAAACUCAGCUCACUCCUGGUUGAGCAGGUUGUUAGUUGUGCUUCCGAAGCCCUGUUAUAAACAAGCCAAGCAGCCGAAUGCACAGUGUGCCCCAUUUGACACUGUGUUAAAGACUUUCCUGAACAUUAGCCCCAGUUUGUGUCUCUUGUUUGUUAUCAAUGCAUUUAACUGUAACUUGUAUUUACUGAAAUCACCAAGUGUCACUCACUUCACAGUAAUUAGAAUUUUUUAAAUCUUGUCAGCAUCUGUGCGUCUUCCUUUUCUGUCUGAGUUUGAAGAAAUCAGCGGUUUGGUGGAGCACAAUGUGACCGUGGGUUCGUUGGCCUUUUUUUUUCCCUUUGUCCCGACUUUUAAGUGACGCCCAGUGAAACCAACGCUCACCACCUCACCCCCGCUUUGUAACAUAAAGUUUAUUUUUAUAUGCUGCUCACCUAAGAAUUGACAUCACGAGUUGUCACUUGGUUUGAGGCUUUCAGAGCAGAGAUGGAGGAGAGGAUUGUGGGGAUCUGUGUAAAAAGACGUGUGUGUGUGGUCACGCUCCACGUGUUACGUUCAAAAGGUCAUCCAGUCGUAUGUGGGGUUUUUUUAUUUUAUGCCAUUAUCCAUUAUAACAUCUUAACAUGCCAGUGCUCUUCCAUUGUGAUAAAGAUUGGUGUGAGGGCUGCACAGUUAUGAAAAAAUCAAGCUUUUUUAUUUUAUCUAUAAUAAGAUGCAUUAUCACUUUAGGUUAAACGUAAAAAUCAGAAUCAGACACGUGAUUCUGGCAGUUGUGUUCAUUUAAAACUGGGAAAAAAGAAAUAAAUGCCCAGAAAUACACUAACAUUCCCAAAAAUAAGUUUGUAUGAUCAUAUUUGACUCGCUGUGCAGCCCCUUCACGAUGCCUUCACUUACAAGUUAAUCAGGAGUUUUUGUUCUAAGUUUGCACUACCUGUAAAAUCACCAAGUCAUCGUUCAGCCGGUGUUCGUACCAGCACUUUAUGGCCACCCUGAUAACUGUCUCACUCGUUAUGCUGAAAAUGCUAAACUACACCCUUUGUUGGAUUAUUCUGUUGAGAAUAAAAUCAAGUGUUUAUA